CUUCCUCGGCGGCCUUCGCAGCAAGGAUUCCAUAAAACCUUUGGGCAGGGUCGUAGUAUCAAGCGAGACUUGAUUCAAGGAGAUAGUCAGCGACCAUCAGGUGAUACUGCGUCGAAUCUUAAGCGCACUCGCAAUAUCGAUCGGCGUGAUGAGCGGAGUCCGGUUGGCCAACGCGAUCGUCUCGAAGGAUCCAGUCCAACAGCGUUAGGAGCCAAUAGACAGCGCCCUCCCGAUAACGCCAGACCGCAUCCUUCAAGUCAAUCCUCCAAGUCGUCCACCAGCCAUGUAUCUAGCGUCCCCCUCAAACCAGUGCUAGAUCUCAUCGCUGAGAGAAUGACAUGGUUCAGAGCCAGAAACGAGGCGUCCAAGUCUCACAAAAGGGCAAUGGCAAAUCAAGAGCAAAGCCAUUACCGCCCAUCAGACUAUGCAAGCUCACCUGAGUUGUUGGCUACUCAGCAAAGGCAAACUCUCGAAGAAAUGCGCAAGGCCGAAAAAAACUUGGGAGAAUUCGACGACAGAAUCGCAGCAGCUAUGCAGCAACUUUUGCAGCACAUGUCGGAAGCCUGGUCCAAGAGCCCUGAUGCAUCAAAUGCUUCGGAGGAUCGGGAGGCAUCGGAGGCCAAGAUGAACACCAUCCAAAAUACCAUACAAAAGGAGAUGGAGGAAUCGUUCAAGAAAGAAGCGACAGAGUCACAGCAAUUGAUGAAAGACCUCAUCGGAUCGCAAAUGGCCAAGCUCAAGGAGGCGCUAACUCAAGAAAACGAGCAGAAACUGCACUCUCUUCAGAAGACGCUGGCCCAAGAGGCGGAAGACAGGGCAACCUCUCUCAGAAAGACACUAAUGCAAGACAAUGAGAAGCGAGUUGCAGAGAUGAAGGAUUCCAUCAAUCGAGAACACAAAGCCAGAAUCAUCGCGCUCGAAAAUGCAUUGUCAGAAGAAGCAAAGAACAAAGCCAGAAUCGCCGCGCUCGAAAAUGCAUUCAAGUCGCAGCUUACUUCUUUGGACGACAAGAUUGCAAUGAUAGACGCCGAACUUAGAAUGACAAUCUCCGACCAACGAAUACUAUCGGAAUCGUGGAUCAACAAGGCGCAACUUGCUGAGCAGUUGCAGCAGCUCUCACUCUCUCAAGACAAAAAGUUGGGGAAGCUUGAGGCUCAGGUGAACCUAUUGCCUGACCAUUCCCCCAGAAUCGAGGAGUUGGCGGAACAAAUAUGCGACCAUUCGAAACUCAUCAAGGACAAAGAGCAGAUGCAAGACGAAGCUAAUUUGCGCCUCGAUUCCCUGGAAUCUACUUUGACUAACUUCCUGGAGGAAGGAGAAGAAAUAAAAGAGCGUGUACAAAAGCUCAGUUCGACCAAGCCGGUAUCUGUCUCUAAUGAUCAGAUAUUAGAGGUCAUCAAGCCCGAGAUGGCAAAGAAUACCAAAGACACAAGAGAGAUGAUUAUGCAAAUCCAGCACAAGCUUCGACCUUUUCUUGAGCAAGAGAGACACAAGAGAGAGACUCUGGAAGAGCAAGUCGGCGAUGUCGCUCGCCAGAUAACUGAGAUCCAAAAAGAGAGUGCCACAACAAAGACAGACUACUCUGGGCUGACGGAGAAACUGGACGGACAAACUGAUGAAGUGAAGCGGCUUGAAGAAUCAACAAAUAUCCGUAUCGGCUUGAUCAUGGAUGAAUUCAGAUCUCAAAUGGAAUCGGUUUACAUUCAGGUGCAAACCCUCAACUCAUGGCAAACUAACUUUAGUACCCAAGGCCUUUACAGAGACAUGGUGAAUCACAUCAACAGAACGAUCCCGGAAGGACCAGCAGCAGUACCACAAAUAAAGCUCCUCAAGCAGCAGGUGAGCGGUAUUGAGACGCGUAUCGCGGCCUGGGAGAGCACAAGCAACAAGAAGCGAAAGCUUGUAAGCGGCAACGCAAGGGUGGUUAAUGGCCACCAAACAGAC